GAGACAAGUUUUUUAACUGUAACUAUGGAAUGUGUAGCUCUAAUUUUUAUAUUAUGUAUUUCUUCUUAUAGUACAUAAAAUGGAAAGAAAGGGGAAAAAACCGAUUAGAAUCCUUAGGGAUAGUUUUACAUAUGGGAAAAAUGCAAAGAAUGCGCCUCAUAUUCUGGCAGUUUUUUCCGAAAUUCAAGAUAUCGUUGGUAGUUUUAAUGGAAAGUGGAAGGUUGAUUUUAAGGAUACAAAAAUUGACAGAACUGUUCAAUAUGAGUUUACUUUGCCAGCAGAUGAAACAAAACAAUGUGAGAUAGAAGAACACCUUGACAGCAUUGAUAUGCUGAUAAAUGAAGAAAUGUUGCAGACAACAUCGAACAGGGCAACAGAAAUGGAAGACUGUUCUAGUGAAAAUCAGAAAACUGUAGAAUCUUGUGAAAGCGAAAGUUGUGGUGAGUCAAGUGAUGAAAGUUGGGCCCCGUCAAAAGAUGCACCAUGUCCAUGA